CCCCUUGAUGCCCUCCUAACGAUGGAAGCUGAGAAACUAUUUGGCAGAAAUCACAUUCUACGAAUCUUGUGAGUCCAUUUUUGUCUUUGUGUGAGACACUGAGUUCAUAAACAUUGAUUUGUAGUCUUAGUGGUGAGUCACUGGAACUAUGUUUACAAUACACUACAAUGGUGAAACAGAAGAAAUCAUGAUGGAGUUGAACUAAUGUGAUGUCCCGAAGCGAGGAUGUCUUCACUAAAGACUUUCUUGAGCUCUUAAAGUCCACUAAAACUGGUCAUGAUGGGUUGGUCAACUUGGACUCUGACUGUUACGCUGUUAUUGUCCAGGCUAUGUCAAGUCUUGUCAAACUCACACCAACACACUGGCCAAUUUUACAAUAGAACAAGACAAGAUGUCCUUCAAGUUUUAUUAAACAACUCCUCCUACAAUCCAAGAAUUUCCCCAGACUAUGAGCAAGAUCAUGCAACGAUUGUUGAUGUACAGAUCUAUGUGUUGAGCAUCGAUACAGUUAGUGAGCAGUCUAUGGACUAUUCAAUGAACAUUUACCUUCGUCAGAGAUGGAUUGACCCCAGGUUACAGUUCGUAAACCUUUCCAAAGCUCUUUGGCUUGAGAUCGACUUCAAACUGAUGUCUCUGAUUUGGGUUCCAGACACUUUCUUUCGGAAUGAAAAGAAAGGACAGUUUCAUGAUGUCACUGUGCCUAAUCGAUUGAUGCAUCUGUAUAGAAAUGGAACUAUUUACUACAGCAUGAGAUUGUCAGUCCUACUCUCCUGUCACAUGAAAUUACAAAAGUAUCCUCUGGACAUACAGAAAUGUCCAAUCAAAAUAGCCAGCUAUGGUUACACCAUGGAGAACAUUAUCUAUCGGUGGAUCGCCCAUAAACCUAUAGACUACAAUGAGGAGCUGCAGUUGUCUCAAUACACUUUACUGACUCACACUCUAGACAAUUGUACCAAGACGUAUAAAGAAACUGGCAGCUUCAGUUGUGUCCAAGCCAACUUCAUCCUGGCCAGAGAUGUGGGCUACUACAUCAUUCAAGUCUACGUGCCCAGCGUUCUCAUUGUCAUCUUGUCCUGGGUCUCAUUUUGGUUGGAUGUUGAGGCCAUCCCUGCCAGGAUCUCACUCGGCGUACUAACAGUUCUGACAAUGACCACACAAAGUUCAGGUGCCAGGGCAUCACUGCCAAGGGUCAGUUAUGUUAAAGCUAUUGAUGUCUGGAUGGCUGCCUGUUUGUUUUUUGUAUUCGCCUCCCUGUUAGAGUUUGCUUACAUCAAUGUUCUAGCCAGGAGAAGAGUUCCCUACCGUUGCUUUAGUUCACCGGACUCGUUUGACAACACAACAGAAAAUAAUGGAAUAACGGACUCAGAAAAGGGAGAUAAACCAAAGUUGGCAAGAAAAGAUUCGAAAGGGUUGCAUCUGUAUGGCAAACAAGGAGCACGCUACAUAGACAGAAUUUCCAGAUAUUUGUUUCCCUUAGCUUUCAUCAUUUUCAACCUCGGCUAUUGGCUCGUCUAUUACUUUGUGGAUAUGUAAUCGGAGAACCAGCCAAGUACUUCAUCCAUGGUCAUGGGGGCCAACUGCCUACACAAGUCUACUGUCCCUGUUGACUCAAGGGAUAAGUGAGACGUGAGCAUUUGUCUGGCUCCUUGCGUCAGAAGACAAUAACUCUAAAUAAAUGAUAUUCACAGCAGUGUUACACUUUUAUGGUGAAUUUGUUCACUACAUCAGUCGAAUAUAUAAAGUGGUAUUGUUUCAUUUAUAUAUACAGUAACAGAUUCAUUAUACAUUAUUAACAUUAUAAUAAAUUGUUUACUUGAAUGGGAACCUUGAGUAGCAAGCAGAUUGAAAUCAAUGUAUAUACUUUUUUUUGUUACUUGAAUAUUUGUUUUACUUGAAGUGAAUUCCACCAAGCAGGACUUGUGUUUAUUAACAUUAUAGAAUUGUUACAAUAUUAGAUUUGGCUUGUAAUGUAUUUCACAAAUCAUUGGAUACUUUGAGAGUAUAUUUCAACAUUUAUUCCUCUAGUGAAUGGUGCAUUCAAAACAAAUACUUCGUUUUACUACAUUGAGGAAACAAGAAACCCAUGCCUAUGGUACAACAUCAGGACCUGACAUAGACGAUACAACAAUGACUUUUAUCAAUUGACCUAAUGAAGUUUGAAUGUUUAUAUUACAUUACAGAAUAGCAUGUGCACUAACACACACACACACACACGUCCAGACUUACAUUGGAGGAAUGCAAACAUAGUCUUUGACACAGCAUAAUGGUAUUGGUACUAAUUAUUUGCUUCUAAGUACUUGGUACUAAUGACUAAAGAGAGACAACUCAGUGUGUUAUAAAUAUUUGUUUAUGGACGAGAACGUGUUGUUGUGUACGUGCUACAAUUGGAUCAAAGUCACGUGACGUGUCAGACUGUGUUGCUGGCUACUCAAGCAAUGGUCAGCCACAGAAUUCGUGCGGCUCUUUAUGGGUACAAUGCCAAUCAAAGAGCCAUUGGAUACAGUCGAGGCUUGUGGGGUCAUUGGAUAAUAUAGUAUUAGUGAGAUCACAAGUUACUGGUAUCAUGUCCGCGUCUUUCAACUUCGUGGAAAGUCUUUAGAGGUGAUGGAGAGCUACAACACAACGCCCCAAUGAGUUUCCACAAUAGGAUUCUAACGAACAGUACACGCUUAAGGCAUAUAAGAAAGACUCGCAAAACCAUCCGCCACGCUGUUUCUCAGGGGCUGAUGUGGUCGCCUUCUCACUGUUGGUGAUGGUAUUGUGUACAAAUCAGCCUAACGACUUGCCUGAUGAUGUAUCUCCGCACAGAAUGGUCAGUGAAGAGUCAAUAUCACAUUCCUCGUCUCUGGGUAAAAUCCUUCGCUUUGGUCAGGAGUCAUAAUAAGGCUUUGGGCUCAACUUUUUAUUCAACUCUCUACGAAAAUUUGGGAAGUCUUUUCUACUUGCCUCCUGGCUCUGAAUGUACCUUAACGGUUGUAUCAUGUAUAAUAUAUUGCUUCCAUUGUUAUAGUUGGUCACAUUCAAAUGUUUCCUUGUUACAACACAAAGGCUAAUGUGUCAUGUUGAUAUUUAAUACUGGACCCACUUCAUAUUGUCUCAGAAUACAUUUUAAUUUUAUGAAACAAACAAAAAAUUUUUAAAAUACUUAAAUGAAACCUGCAAAGCUUGUGACACGGAAAGAUUUGCUCAUUUACAACCAUAUAUUUCAAUACUAUAUGAUUUACUUCCCUUUAUAUAUCAAGCAAAAGUAAUUAAUUACCACAAAUUAAUGUAUUAAUUAAUUGUUUGAUUGAUUAGUGUUUUUGUUAGCAACAAUGAUUGUGCAAAGUUUCAACUUGAUACGACAAUGGGAAAUGGGAUAAAUAGCGUGUACGAAAUGUGUACCUGACAGACUGACGGUGUAAGUUGAUUUCAACUUUGUACAAAAAAAUAUUGUGUAGUAUCGUCUUACUUGAAUCUGAAACUUAAGAUAAAAAAUAGUAUGCGUAGUUUAUGGUCUAGGCUGCUUUAGUGUUUAAGUGUUAGAUUAGGCUGCGUCAGUGUUUAAGUGUGUACAAAUCAAAAAUUAAUAUCAUGACUUUUAUCAUGCCCUUUCUUUACAUGUAUGACAUUAGAAUUUAGAAACUUUGUAAGCUUACCAUCAGUUCACUGUACACUUGGUUCGUGUCUCAUAGAUCGGGCUACUUCUCUAAGUCUGGCUACUUCUCUAAGAUCUGGCUACUUCUCUAAGAUCGGGCUACUUCUCUAAGAUCGGGCUACUUCUUUAAGAUCUGGCUACUUCUCUAAGAUCGGGCUACUUCUCUAAGAUCGGGCCACAUGUAUUAUAUAUAUUUUACCGUUAUUGUUGUGAAUAUUUGUGUCAAUAAAUGUUACCUCCCUUUUUUCCUCUUACUCCUCGUACCUCAUAUUUAUGUUGUUCCUAAGUGUUUUGUUGGGGUGACGCUUUGGUCCUGGGUUUGAAUCUCGGUGAAGACUGGGAUUUUGAAUUUCUUGAUUUCUGAGUCCACCCAGCUCUAAUGGGUACCUGACUUAAGUUGGGGAAAGUAAAAAGACUGUUGAUCUUUGUGCUGGCCACAUGACACCUUGCUCGUUAACCGUUGGCCAAAGAAACAGAUGACCUUAACAUCGUCUGCCCCAUGAUAGCAAGGUCUAAAAGGGGAACUUUACUUUUUUUAAACGUCUUGUGCUGAUUCACUUGUGUGCCCAGUGUCUUUACUUUGAUCUCAUUGUGCAUCUGAUUUAUUCACUUUCAGUCAUUUAUUAUGCAAUGUCCAGUAGAUACUUCUAAAAGAGAAUUGACAAUAAAAGUUUGGUUUUAAUGUUGAAA